GUCUGGUGGUGGCAUUGCCCGAAUAAUACUCCGGGAGUGGCACUACCAAGUCAUCAUGGCAGCUCAGUUUGAUGCCACCGAAGUCCUCGCCAUCAUAUACUACCCAGCCCAAGAUAUCGCCUUCUCCGCCGCUGUCCCCCCAACGUCGCUUACCGCAAUUUAAUCUUUCUGCAACCUUCCUCCUAUGGCAAUCUGGGCGGCCCCGUCCGCUAGCCGACGGCCGACUUAUCAUCUGGCAGAUAGAUAGAUACGACAGGCGGUGGAUGGCGCAACUCCGCGAUAAGAUAACCCAAUGUCUUGACGUACGCCCUGCGUCGGCCUUCCCCUCAUAUUAUCCCCCGACUUCCCCUGGCAUCUCUCUUCAGCAAAGCUUCCGGAGUUGACGAUGACCAAGUUCCAAUUGCUUCCUCUUGUCGCAGGGCUGCUCGUCCCCUCGGUGGCAGCCCUCAGCAUUCCCACCCCACAGCAGAUUCUCGAUACCUUCACUGUGGGAGAUACCAACGGCCUCUGCCCCCUGGCACCCAAAGUUGACGUUCCGGACGAUGGGCUCUUCCCCGCUCUCAAGUUCGUCGAGGACAGCUCCUUCAAGUCACGCCAAGUCAAUCGUCUCUCCAGGGCCGUCCAAGUCCCAACUACCGUCGACGACUACAUGAGAGACCCUUACGACGAGAAGUUCGCUCCCUUCGUCGACUUCCAGAACCUCCUGCAGACCCUCUUCCCCCUCACUCACUCCUACGCCCGCGUAGACCACAUCAACCGAUUCGGUCUCGUCUUCACCCUCAAUGGCACCGAUGACUCUCUCAAGCCCCUGCUCUUCACCGCCCACCAGGACGUUGUCCCCAUCAACGAUGCCUCCGACUGGACCUAUCCCCCCUUCGACGGCCACUUCGACGGCGAAUGGCUCUGGGGCCGCGGUGCCAGCGACUGCAAGAACGUCCUGAUCGGCCUCUUAUCCGUCGUGGAAGACCUCCUCUCCCAAGACUGGGACCCCACCCGCACCAUCAUCCUCGCCUUCGGCUUCGACGAAGAAUCCCACGGCUUCCUCGGCGCCGGAUCCAUCGCCCAAUUCCUCGAAAACACCUACGGCCCCGACAGCUUCGAAUUCAUCCUCGACGAAGGCGGCAUGGGUCUCGAAACCGUCGACGACUCCGACGACACCAUCAUCUACGCCCUCCCGGGCGUCGGCGAAAAAGGCAGCCUCGACGUCGUCCUCACCCUCGCCGUUCCCGGCGGCCACAGCUCCGUGCCCCCCGCGCACACCGGCAUCGGCAUCAUCUCCGAGAUCAUCUACGCCCUCGAGCGCGAAGACCUCUUCAUCCCCGUCCUCGACCCCCACCACCCCACCCGCAAAAUGCUCGAAUGCCAAGUCCGUCACUCCCCCGCCCACGUCGAACCCUGGCUCGCCUCCGCCCUCCAAUCCACCGACUAUAUCUCCCUAGCCGAGCACCUCGCCGCCUCCCGCGGCUCCAAAUUCCGCUUCAUCCUCCAAACCUCCCAAGCCGCCGACAUCAUCACCGGCGGCGUCAAAUCCAACGCCCUCCCCGAAAAGAUCUCCGCCGUCGUCAACUACCGCGUCGCCCUCCACCAAUCCCCCGAUCUCAUCAAAUCCCGCGCCGUCAACAUCAUCUCCCCCAUCGUCAAUAAAUACAACCUCUCCCUAACUGCCUUCCCGGACAACGAUCAAGUCGACCCCUCCCUCAACAACCACCUCACCCUCACCACCCUCAACGGCGCCCUCAGCCCCGCCCCCGUCAGCCCAACCGACAUCACCACCGACCCCGUCUGGGCUCGCUUCUCCGGCGUCACUCGCUCCGUCUUCGAAUCCGUCCCCAGCCUCCAGGGCAAGACCGUCGUGGUCAGCGGUGACAUCAUGACCGGAAACACCGAUACGCGAUUCUAUUGGUCUCUGUCGAGGAAUAUUUACCGGUGGAGUCCGUCGCGCGCUGGUCGCGCCGUGAAUAUUCAUACCGUGGACGAGAGAAUUGAUAUUGAUAUUCAUCUCGAGGCGAUGAUGUUGUAUUACAGUCUGAUUCGCUCGUUUGAUGGCUGGACGGACUCGAACUCUGUGACUGAAGAGCUGGCUCAUGAUGUGCUGUGAGGUGUUUGCUGGUUCUUGGGGCUUGGCCUGUUACGUGUGAUGCUGCGUAUGAGUCCCUCCUUUUAUGGUUCUUUGCAAAAGUUCAUCUCUGGAUCUCGUCUCUGGAUCUGAAUUUCAUCUGUUGGGUUUCUGUUCCCGAUU